AUGGCGUAUAGAUGUGCUUUUGUAGGUUAUUCACUUAACAGUAUUACUUACAGAUUUUUAAUCCUUGACACUUUUGAGAUUGUAGAAUCUGUAGAUGUGGAAUUUUUUGAGAACUUGAAUAGGAAUAGUUCCCAAAUGCAACCCAUAGAAAACCCAUUGUUACCUAGUCUAGAAUAUAUAGAGACUAUUAACAAUGAUGAACAUUCUUCUCCUAACAUAGAAGAUAUUUCUGAAAGUAUAGAAGAUAUCGAACCUAGAAGAAGUAAGAGAGCAAGGAAAGCGAAAAGCUUUGGUCCGGAAUGGGUACAAUAUCUUGUAGAAGGUAGUAAGAAUGAAAUUCUUAGUAUGACUAGAUAUGUAAUGCAUGUUGAUGAUGACCCUAAAACUUAUGAUGAGGAAAUGAGUUCCAGAGAUGCUAUUUUCUGGAAAGAGUCCAUCAAUGAUGAAAAACAUUCACUUUUUUCUAAUGGUACUUGGAUAUAUUGUGAUUUACCUCCUGGCGUAAAGCCUAUAGGAUGUAAAUGGGUAUUCAAGAGAAAAAUGAAUGCAGACGGUUCCAUUGAUAAGUUCAAAGCCAGACUAGUUGCUAAGGAGACUUACCAAAUGGGAGAUGUCCAAAAAGAAGAAAGAAGUAGAGGUUCUUUCGCUUAUCGAAGAACAAAUGAUUAUAUAAAAAACGGUAUGACACUUUUGGUUGUCAUUGCCAUCAUCUAUACAACAACGACUGUCAAUGCACAGUACUCACUACCAAGCGACGAUCCUAUUAAAAUCGAUUUAACUCUAUUGCGUGGUGCUUCAGAAAUAGGAGCAGUUUGUCUAGAUGGAAGUGCACCUGCGUUUCAUUUCAGCAGGGGUUUUGGUUCUGGUGCUGAUAAUUGGCUUAUUCACCUUGAGGGCGGUGGCCUGUGCAAUACAAUGAAGUCAUGUUCUGAACGUAAGCAGAGUCCGAUUGGAUCAUCGAAGUUCAUGGAGAAAAUGGGUUUUGGCGGAAUUUUGAGUAGCAACAAGUCGAAAAAUCCUGGGUUCUAUAACUGGAACAAAGUAAAGGUACGCUAUUGUGACGGUGCUUUUUUUUUUUCUGGGACUCGCACCGGCGAAUAUGAGUAUAAUACAACAGGCCAACUAUACUUCAGAGGACAGCUCAUCUGGGAUGCAGUUAUGGUCGAACUUAUGGAGUUAGGGAUAUACAAUGCUAAACAGGCUUUUCUUACAGGUUGCUCUGCUGGUGGAUUGGCGACACUCAUACAUUGUGAUAGUUUUGCAGAACUUUUUACUCCUGGAAAAGUAAAUGUGAAAUGUCUCUCAGAUGCGGGGUUUUUCAUAGACGAGAAAGAUAUAUCCGGUGGCCGCACCAUACGUUCUUUCUUUCAUGGUGUAGUAAAAUUCCAGGGUAUGGUGGCUAGUUUGAACAAAGCGUGUCUCGCGGAACUGAAACCAUUUACGGGAAGCCUGUCCCAGUGUUUAUUUCCCCAAAAUUUUGUCAAGAACCUAAAGACGCCAGUUUUCCUCGUAAAUCCUUCUUAUGAUGCGUUGCAGAUAGAAAAUGUUUUGCUUCCACCUUCGGCAUACGAUUAUUGGGCGAAAUGUACAAAGGACAUUGCACAAUGUAGCCCAAGCAUGCUCUAUAAAUUACAUGCAUUCCGAGAUUCCAUGUUAAGAGUACUGAGCCAAUAUAAGCGGAAAAAAAAUAUAGGUAUGUUCAUAGAUUCAUGCUUUGCGCAUUGCCAGACGGAUAGCGACAAAUGGCAUUUGCAUUCUCCAAGGAUCAACAAUAAGACCAUUGCAGAAGCAGUAGGGGAUUGGUAUUUCAAUAGAAAUACGGUACAUUAUAUCAAUAAUUGCCGAUAUCCUUGCAAUCCUACUUGUAGUAAUAAAGUGUGGGAAUAAUCGGGAGAACUUGGAGGAGUACUACAAUAUGAAUUUUGGUGGUGAGGUUAGAUCUGGGCGAAGUUACACAAAGCAUGAUGAGGUUAACUACACGACAUCCAUCAGCAGGGGGCUCGACCGAAAGAGUUUUUUCAUUUUAAAAAAACAAAAAAAUAAAUAAAGAUUUCCUUUCAUUCU